AUGAGGUGGCUCGCCAUGAUUUCUCGUUACUCGGACCCGAGACAGGUUCGUCGUGAAGAUAGAUAUGGAGCUGUGCAUAGGGAUGGAGAUAGAAUGCUCGAGCGCGCUGGAGGAAAGUCUGGUCCUGUCCGUGCUUCUACUCGCUACGGUCACCGCUAUGCUCCAUAUGAGCAUAAACGACCUCAACUUUGGAGAGAGAAACAUCAGCUUGCAGCCGACAAACAUAAGAAUUUGGCUAAUCCACCGCUGAUGAUUACAGAUGGAAUAUCUACCAACGCCUCUGUGCAAGCUCGAGAAUCUGAUACAGAGACCUCUACUGUUCGUGGUUUGACAAGCCUUAGUGGAAAAGCAACUCAAAACAGUGGUAAGAAGCUAGCUAGCGCCAUCGUCACUCCUUCACGAUCUCAACCUAAGGACCAGAACGUAACGACUCGUGACACUAAUGUUGCAAAACAAAUACCUUUCUCUCUUAUGGAGGAAGAUAACAAUGAAGAUCAGAUGAUAGGAGCCUUGCAAGAGGAAGAUGACUUGCUGGGUGAGGACCUCAAAGAGAUGGAGGAGGAUCUUUCCGCUAAGGAGAAAGUGUUGUACCAGAGCGAUAUGGCUCACGAUCGGGACGAAAGCCCAAGAGCCACUCAUCUCGGACUGGGAUCGGAUCAUCGUCCGGUCUUAGCAGACAUACUCGUACGGCCCACAAGGAGGAGGAAAAAGUUCAAGUUUGAUAAGCGCUGGCUGGAUAAUGAGGAAUUAAGACAAGUUAUUCUUGAAGGAUGGAAAUCGGAUGACCUGCCUCCUGAAGCGAACAUCAUGGAACAUAUUGCUAGUUGUCGUAAAGCCUUGAGUAAAUGGCGUAGGGAGAAUGAUGUGAAAUCGGCAAAACUAGUGGAGGAACUUAAGGAGAAAGUAGAGGACCUUUACUCGAAUGAUGAUGCUACUUCUGAGGAGAUUGCUGCUGCUUUAAAAGAACUCUCUAAUGCUCUUAAGGCAGAAGAGAUAGCGAGGAAUAGGAUAACACAACUUCUGGACGAAAAUGGAAACGUGGUAGAAGAUGAAGAAGGACUGGUAGCCAUUGCUACUAGUUAUUUUCGACAGAUUUUUGAAUCUUCUGAUCCAGAGGAUAUCGCGGAGGCAUUAUCGGAGGUAAAGACAACUAUCACGGGUGCCAUAAAUGAAGAUCUCACAGCACCAGUGACAGGGUGGGAGGUGAAACUAGCGCUUUUUGCUAUGCACCCAGAAAAAGCACCGGGACCAGAUGGAAUGACAUCAAUUUUCUACCAGAAGUAUUGGGAUAUUGUGAAAGAUGAUUUGACCCGUAUGGUUAAUCAAUUUCUUUUUCAAGGCACAAUGGCGGAGGGCUUAAAUGAUACAAAUAUUUGUCUAAUUCCUAAGACGACAAAGCCGAAUGAGAUGACACAGUUUAGACCUAUCAGCCUCUGCAAUGUUAGUUAUAAAAUUAUAUCGAAGGUCUUAUGUCAGAGAUUAAAGAAGGUUCUCCCACAAAGGAUAUUUGAAACUCAAUCAGCCUUUGUAGAAGGAAGACAAAUCACAUAUAAUAUCAUGAUAGCUCAGGAGAUGUUCCAUGCUCUACGGACUAAACCGGCCGGCAAAGUGAAGAGAAUGGGCAUCAAGACGGACAUGAGUAAAGCAUAUGACCGGAUGAAAUGGUCAUUUAUUAAGGCUGUCAUGCGGAAGAUGGGUUUUUCAGAGAUAUGGAUUGAUUGGAUUAUGAGAUGUAUCACCUCGGUUAGGUACAAAGUCUUGAUAAAUGGAGACCCAAGAGGGAAUAUAGUCCCAGAGAGAGGUCUGAGGCAAGGAGAUCCUCUGUCUCCUUUCAUAUUUAUUCUAUGCACAGAAGCGCUCAGGAUCCCAGCGAGUGAGCGACAGCUGAUUAAAGACACACUUGGUAUCCAAAAUGAAGGAGGAAUGGGGUCAUACCUAGGUAUCCCGGAGGAUAUUAGUGGAUCUAAAUGCAAAUUAUUUGCCUUUCUAAAGGAGAAGUUAUCACAUAGAGUUAAUGGGUGGACGGGAAGACUGCUUUCGAAAGGAGGGAAAGAAGUACUAAUUGAAUCGAUCCUAUUGGCUCUACCGACAUAUGUCAUGUCCAGCUUCUUGCUCCCCUUGGAGAUAUGCGAGAAUCUUGCAAGUGCCAUAGCACAAUUUUGGUGGAGUUCUAAUCCGCCAAAAAGAGGAAUACACUGGGCAACAUGGGAUAAGAUGUGUGCACCUAGAGAUGAAGGAGGUAUAGGCUUUCGCUUGAUACAUGAGUUUAACUUGGCACUCUUAGCAAAACAACUAUGGCGUCUAGUUCAGUUUCCAGAUUCUUUAGUGGCUAGAGUCUUAAGAGGCAAAUACUACCGUUUGAGCUUGCCUUUGCGAUUAGGCUCCGUUGAUAACCCAUCUUAUGUGUGGACAAGCAUUACAGCGGCGAGGGAACUUUUAUUAUUGGGUAUCCAAAACAAAGUCCAUUCAGGUUAUGAAAUUAAGGUCUGGCAGGACCCUUGGAUCCCGACGACACCAGCUAGAUCAGCUCGGCCCAGAGUUCCAGUGGUAAACCCGAAUAUGCUAGUCAGUAGUCUCAUUGAUUUUCAGACGAAGGAGUGGGAUGAACAACUACUGGAGCAGUAUGUAGAUCAAGAGGACAUUCCCAUGAUUCAAAGUUUGGCCAUAAGCCCUACUCAUAAACGUGAUACAUUCUGCUGGAGCUAUACCAAAAAUGGUCAAUAUACAUUCAAAUCUGGAUAUUGGGUAGCCAGAAAUAUAUUGAGGAAAAAUGAAGAGGUUCAAGUCUUAGAACCUAUCAUAACUAAGCUUCAGGCCUUUGCCUGGACUGUAAAUGCACCCCAGAAGAUUCGUCACUUCAUCUGGCAACUGAUUACAGGACAAAUAGCGGUUACAAGGAACCUUGCAAGACGUAACAUGAGAUGCGAUAAUUAUUGUCCAAGAUGUGCAGAGCCAGAAGAGUCAGUUACUCAUGCAAUCUUUGAAUGUCCGCCAGCAUUACAAGCUAGGAACGACAAACUAUUCAGGGGGAUAGAUAGAGAUCCAGUGGAACUAGUCAGGUAUGCGGAAUCUGAAUGUCAGGCAUGGCAUAAUGCUAGGGAGAUGAUACCGACAGCUCCAGUGGAACAAAGCUCAGAUCAAUCACAAGUCUUAAGCUUGGGAGAUAUAUGCAUGGUGGAUGGUUCAUGGACCUCUACUGAUCAUUACACUGGAUUAGGAUGGGCUUGGAAGGACAGCACGGGAAAGAUACAGCUCAUGGGGACAAGAAACUUGAGAAGACGCGAAACACCUUUGCACUCGGAACUUAAAGCUUUGAAAUGGGCAAUGGAGACAAUGCUGCAACAUUCGGACUGCCAAAGAUUUGGGACAGAUUGUAAGGAUCUAAUCGUAAUGAUAAAGGAACCUCAGGCAUGGCCAACCUUCUCUACAGAGUUGGAAACGAUAAAUAUGCUGAAGAUGUGCUUUACAGAGUUUACCAUUCACUACAUUCCAAGAAAUCAAAAUGUUGUAGCUGAUUCGUUAGCUAGGACUGCUCGUACUUUCCACCGUUCUCUUUGCUACUUUGGUUGUUCUAUUCCGCCGUAUAUCAUUUUGCGUAUUCGUUACUGGGCCACUUAG